AUAGGAUACAACUCGUCCAUUUUGGCUAACUGUUGUUUUAUUUACAUUUCAAUACGCUUAGCUAUCUUGUCUCGGUGAUUGUUACCGGUGACGAAAACAUCUUUAUUCUAAGUGUAUGAUGUAUAUUAGCUAUCUAGUUGUCAUUUACUGGUCUUAUUAAACAGUUUUCUCCGGUUUUCUCGGUUUCCUGGCCCUGGCUUCUAUUAGCCGGGACCGGGGAGGCGCACAGAACUAGCCAGCUAGCUAACAAAGCUAGUUAUAGGUGCUUAAAUUGAGUUUAUUAAAAAAUAAACAAAAACAGAUUUAGGGUGUUAACUAUGGCGGUUGUAAACGAAGGAUUGCUUAAAAAGAUGCUUAAGCAAUACAAAUAUCGUGACCUGACAGUUCGUGAGAUCACAAAUGUUAUGCUGCAAUACAAGGACCUUAAACCUAUAAUGGAUUCUUAUGUUUUCAAUGAUGGAUCAACAAGAGAGCUAAUGAGUUUAACUGGGACAGUGCCAGUGAGCUACAGAGGAAAUGUUUACAAUAUUCCUGUGUGUCUGUGGCUGUUGGACACGUACCCCUACAAUCCACCAAUUUGUUUUGUAAAACCAACAAGCGCAAUGAUGAUCAAGACUGGGAAACACAUUGAUGCUAAUGGAAAGAUUUACUUGCCCUAUCUGCAUGAAUGGAAGCAUCCUCAGUCUGACCUAUAUGGCUUAAUCCAAGUGAUGAUUGUUGUUUUUGGAGAAGAACCUCCAGUGUUCUCUCGGCCUACGACUCAGCCCGCCUACCAGGCAUUUCAGGCCACAGGACCCCCAAAUCAGUCAUACAUGCCCGGCAUGCCUGCUGUAUCGGCCUAUGGGCCAAACCCGAAUCCAUGUGGCUACCCUGGAUAUUCUUACCCUGGAGGGAGUGCAUAUCCUGCCCCUGGGGGUCCUACACACUACCAGUCCCAGCCACCAGUCACCUCUGUGGGUCCGAGUCGAGACGCCACCAUCGGGGAGGACACUAUCCGUGCCUCUCUCAUCUCAGCAGUGAGUGAUAAACUGCGCUGGAGGAUGAAGGAGGAAAUGGACCGGGCUCAAGCAGAGUUGGAUGCACUGAAGCGCACCGAAGAGGAUCUGAAGAAGGGCCAUCAGAAGCUGGAGGAGAUGGUGUCCAGACUUGACCAGGAAGUGGCUGAGGUGGACAGGAAUAUUGAGCUCUUAAAGAAGAAAGAUGAAGAACUGACUGAUGCUCUGGAGAAAAUGGAGAAUCAGUCAGAGAACAACGAUAUCGAUGAUGUAAUUGUUCCCACAGCACCGCUCUACAAGCAGAUCCUGAACCUGUAUGCAGAAGAGAAUGCCAUUGAAGACACCAUCUUCUACCUUGGAGAGGCUCUGCGCAGAGGUGUCAUCGAUCUGGAGGUCUUUCUCAAGCAUGUCCGUCUGCUCUCCAGGAAACAAUUCCAGCUGAGAGCGCUUAUGCAAAAGGCUCGGAAGACUGCCGGACUCAGUGACCUCUACUGACCCAACUGCUAUCUGAGCUCCAUUUCUUUCUGUCUGUAUUCUGUUUGUGUAACUCCCACCCCAAUUUACAAUAUAACACACUGGAUAAUCUGUUCUCCCACCAUGAAAUUUGAUUGGUCGGUUUGUGUUGAUGAGUUUUUUGUAACAGUAGCUAGAACAGUGCUGCUAGCUACAAGGCAAAUCCCAGGUUUACAUUAAUACAUGUGAGAAGAAGCAUAUAUUCUAAAUCUAAUAACGAACAGGUUAAAACAGCAUUGUUAGUUAACAGUGAAGCGUGUUUGUUGAUACGAUGCAGUUUUUCUGUAAAGAAUUAUUUAAUAUUUAUGGAAUGAGUCAUGAAUUUCAGAGGGUUUUAACAGUCAAUUAGUUCUUUAUUAUAAGAGAAUCUUCAGGACCGAGGACAUUUCAGUUUCUACGUGAACACAUGCUGCGUACGCUAAUGUAAGAGUCAACAGGAUCUUGUUACAUUAACGUUAAAUGGAGCGACCGAGAUAGAGAAAAAACUAUUUAAAACUAUUAAUAAUGUAAUUGUUAUCCAGUUGCUAUGGAAUAAGUGGAAUAAAACACUUUUGUGACAUGCUGUUCGAGGAAACUAAUCCACUUUAGAUUUGUGUCAGGCCACAUCAUACCCUAUAAUUGCUAUAAUACUUUCCUAACAGCACAUCUCCUUGUAUUUUAUUCCUUACUUAAUAAUUAGAUUAAAUCCUGUUCAACAGAAUGGGGGUAAGGCUUAGAGGGGUUUCUUUUUCUGUAAGAGGAAAAAAAUAAGAGGUUAUUUAUCGUUGUCUAAGAAUCUUCCUUUUAUGUCUGGUUCUGUUCUGCCUUCUUGGACUGACAAUGUUUUUAAACCUUUAGCUUUCAAUAGGUGCUUUAUUAUAAUAGUGAAAAUCUGAUGGCUCAGUUUAGUUUUUCACCAACCGGUGGUCACUCACACAUGUAGCCCAGUCAGUUGCUGCUGAUAUCCUUCACACUCCUUUUUAUUAUUUUAUUUUCUGAGCCAAUCAUUAACACCUUUCAGGAAGGAUGGUGUUGACAUGUUCAAAUCAUUUUACUCCUGUGCUUCUGACCACAGCCUGCUGCGUACUGGUUCAGUCCCGGUGGUACAAUUAUCACUCCUGUAGCUGUUUAAAAAUGAAACAAUGAGACAUUUCAAAUGUUAAAAACAAUGCGCUUUACUGUAUAAUUUGUGAUUCUGUGACAUUACAUAGGUUUCUGAUUGAGUGAGCGAGAUUGUACGUCUGUAAUGUGAAAGAAUUAGCUUUGAAAUGUGAGCUAAUUGAGUAUUCCUUCAAAUAGGUUCCAAAGGAAUUAUUAAAAUGUUAACAUAUUUCAAAAAAAAUCACAAAGGUUUAUUCUUUUUAUGUAUAUUUGCUUUGUCAACUAGAUUUUCUUAAUAGAAAAGGGUCUUUAUUAUUAUUGUCUUAUGGUUUCCUUUUUGUUUUCAGAUCUGUAGUCUUUAAUAUUAACAGCUCAAUAAAUGAAAUAAUUUGGA